AUGUCGACAAGUAAAACCACCGUUACCGACAAACAAAAACUCGAACCGAUUAAAUUAACAUCUCACAUUAAGAAUGCAAUUGAUAUUUUAACGAAAUUACCUGAUCCCAUUCCUAAAAAUACUGAUAUCGCCUCUUAUCAACAUCCAAUCUUGAUCGGCUCUCAAGCUGCAAAAUAUCAUGUUCCUAGCUUUCGUGAUCCAGUUGAUUGGGAUAUAAUUGCCACCCCAUCACAAACUAGCAACUGGUUAAAUUCUUUGAAAACCAAACAUGAGGUCGAACUGGAAAUGGAUUAUUAUAAAGAUAUCUGUAUCAAAAUUCAAGCAACAUGCACUGUUAAUGUGAAGGGUAUCGAAGAUGUAUACAAUUACGAUGUGGAAGUUGUCAUUGGUCCCCAUGAUAUGAAAGAAAUAAUCAAUCAAGAAAUCGAAAUCGGGGUCUGUAAUCACGAUUCUAGUAGCAAGAUGAUCAUGGAUAUUUGUUGUGAUGAUAGAGUUGUCGGAAACACCAUCUUUCUUCCACCAACAAAUCUUGUCUGUUCAGUAGCUUCUUUGGAAGUUCUUGAAGCAUUGAAAUCAUCACAUAUCAUUUGGCCUUAUUAUUUUGACAAACACAUAGAUGAUUUACACUCUUUGAGAAUAUUAUUAGGUUGUGGUGAUACCAAUGUGCCAAAGUCACAACCAUUAACAGGCCCAUCAAGAAGCAUCGAUGUUGAAACAAUGCUGAAAUUGCGCAUUAAUGAAACAAAAAAAAUUCGUGGAAUUCCUGGUGCUCACAUCAAUCUUAAUCAGACUAACGAAGAAUUUCUAGAUCGUGAAGAUGAUUUAGUUGUAACGAGAUUUAUAAAACACGAUGAUAUACACGAAAUUGUUAAAUAUGGCGGAAGACCAAUUUAUGCAGAUUUGAAAGUUGAUCAAAGCAAAGCAUGGAUCGAGAAGUCUCUUUUUCAACAAAUUGAUUAUGAUACACAAUUGAAAUGUGUAAAAGAAGAAGCUAUGGUCAUCUCCUUGGAAAGAUAUCUUAUUCCACAACUCACAUCAACACAAGAAAAGGCGUACAAUUUGGCUCUAUCUCGCAUUUGCACCACCUUAACCAAAAAUUGGUUUCGUCAAUUUGCCAUUGACAAUUAUCCACGUCUGACAAGGUGUGACAAAGAUCUGAUGCCAAUUGCAAAACAAAUCAGUGAGGGUCGUCCAUUAAACGAAACAAUAGCAGAAGAAUCAAUUGAAUUGUAUAAUAGUUGGGUAAAAGAUGCGGAAGAUAGAUUGAUUGUGGAACCUUUACAUAGUAGAACUACCGAUUUAUCAUUUAAUUUGUCUGAUUGGUCAUCACAAGGUUAUAGAGGAAUUAAAUUAAAAAGAACAGGAAUAGAAAUCAGAUCACCUGUUGUGGAUCCUCAUACAAAAAUACCUAUAUCAUUCAUUUAUGCUAUUGCUACUUGUGCUUACCGUGGUAUAUCUGGUGAUGAUUGCAACCCUGGUUGUGAUUGGUGGGGUUGUCUCUCUAUACGAUUUUCCAAAGAUCAAAGUGAAGAUGAAUCUACGCAAAAAGAUGAUUUUCCUUUUUUGCUUGAUAAUGAUGAUUAUUAUGGCCGCUCAAGUACUCCUUCAAUCAAACCAAAUAAUAUCCUUACUUUUGAAGUUAAUGCGUACACUAGUGGUGGAAGUUGGGGAGGUGAGGAUAUUUGGAGGGAACCGUCUGUUAUUGCGAAUGAUGCUGAUAAUGUCGCUUCUCAAUUGAGAGUCCCUGGAUUGAAUGGAAAUCUUCUUGUUAAAUAUGUACUAGCACAUCUUCAACCUUCCUUAAGAGGUAAUGGUGAGGCUCCUUUGAAACAUAGAAUUGAUAAAUUGAAAGCGGAAGGAAAAAUUAGUUCUAAACCAAAACAACAUCUUUGGUAUGACUUGUGGGAGUAUGCAUUAAACGAUGGAUGGAAUGAAGUAAUGGAUGAUGAAGAUUAUAGCUUUUGA